AUGCUACAAGAUCAGACUGGCCGCUUGCUCUAUAUCGGCGAUUCGUCGACCCUGUCGAUUCUCCAACUAAUCCGCAUUGUAGUCGAGAACACUGCAGGGUCAGAAAUAGGCUCUCCUUUCAUCCACGACCCCAAGCGGCAUCGAAUCAUGGAAAAUAUCAUCGAAUUCCCUCCUGACGCUAAGAUUCCCACCCAACUGCCGGACAGAGAAACUGCGAACGUUCUCAUCGAAUCUUUUUUUACAAACACAUGCGGUGUGAUUGAGGUUUUGGAUAAAGCCUUGUUCCUCGAGUCCGUCGAGACCUGUUAUCAAGAUCCCCCGUCUGCUAGUAACCGAGACUUGUGCCAUCUGUUCUUGGUGUUAGCACUCGGUCUGCUUCUAGCAGCACCAGCCCCAGGCAGCAGAGAGGAAGAGAUCAUAAUUGGACAACGGUCUAAGAAGCCAGAUAGAGGAGAACUCUACUUCCGGAGCGCCAAGUCUAUGUGUGAUCCUGGAUCUGGCUUUGAAGAUGCUGACUUCUGGUCAAUCCAAGCUCUCGCAAUGAUGACACUCUACAUGCUUACUAUUUCUAAGAGAAAUACCGCUUAUGCCUACUUAGGGAUGGCUGUUCGUUCUGCCUAUGCGUUGGGUCUUCAUCGAGAGGAGACCAUGCGUGACGUUAUAUUCACUCCAGAUCAAAUGAGAGUCAGAAGAAAUCUAUGGAAAACGCUCUUCAUUCUCGAUCGCUUUCUUGCUGCCAUAUUAGGCAGGCCGACGGCUAUCUCUGAGGAAGAUUGUUCCUGCAAAAUCUUCCCAGGAGAACACGCGGAGCAUAACUCGGCCAACGGAAACGGGUUCGAUGACUUCCAUAUCAGCAGCUUGGACUCCUGUGUCGAAACCAGCCGCAUAAUUGGAGUAACAUUGAAGGUGUUCACGACACGCAAGAUUUCGACAGCCAAAGUCCAAGAAAUCAUUGACAUGUCAAGGGACUGGGACGAAGUCGAGCGUACUUAUCUCUACCGGCGACAGUCGAUUGACGGCGGUCUGAACCAUUCUGCCUUCGGCAUCGCAUCGUUACAUGUCAACCUCAUGUCCCUGCAUUCACUCAUUCUCGUCACUCGCCAGCUCUUUGUCAUGCAUAACUGGCUGCUCGUGGAGCAAAGGUCGGGCAUUAAAAAGUCGCCUCCAAUCGGCCCGUCUCAAAUGGCCCGGUAUUCCCAGGCUUGUGUCGUCGCCUCAUACCGUACCAUUAAGUUGGUCAAGGCUGCAUACGACGGAGGCUACCUCCCGCGUCGAAAUCCCUUCAUCAUCUAUUUCAUGUUCGCCGCGAGCCUUGUCAUUCUCCUGAAUCAAUUCUCCUCACUUUACAAAACAAGGGACUACGAGUCCACAAUGGCCGAUUCUAUCGAAAUAAUGAAAUAUUGCUCCGAGAUCGACCCGCAGGCUGAAAGAGUUUUGGACAUUAUUUUGAGGUUCUCCCGAGUAGUGACUAACUGGACCAGGGAUCAUACUUAUCAUGAUGCCCCCGAGCUCUCCAACGAUCUUAGCUAUCUACGGACAAAGAAGACAGCCACUGGUGGCCUGCUUCACGCAGAUCAGGUCCAGCAAGUCCCUGCAGCACCCAGCUUUCGGGAGAUUGAGCUAUCCAGAGCGCCCUCCCUGUCUGACCCGGGUUUACUCACUCCGCCAGCGGUUUCUAAGAUGCCACUUCUCGAUACCGUGGCGACGCAACCAUCUUCCGCUAUGGUUUCCGAUAGUGGGGUACACGGCGCGUCCCCUUCGCAGACGAGCAUGUACCCGAUCACCGUCAACGGUUCUCGGCCGAGUGUCUCUGCUACUUCCUCAGUCGAGGGGUCCGAACCUCCGAGCAUCAAUAUCGAGUUCCAGUUCGACAACUUAUGGACCAGCGUCAUCAACCAUUUACCACCUGUUUCGACGGUAGCUCCGGGAAUCAACACUCUUGCCUCUCAGUUCCCCCCACCUGUGAUGAGCACGCCAACUGAACCAUUCGGUGGGUGUUCCUUUCCUGUCCCCGAUAUUACGGACCGACGGCAUUAA